GACUUGCGUGCUGUCAAAAAGUUCACUUUUGCAAGAAAAAUACGUCGAAAAUUCCGUGUCCUGUGCAUUUAUUUUCGUAAAAUUCCAUUCAAAACCAAACUUCAACGCUUGAAAUUUGUGCUAGCAGUAUGCAUUAGCGGACGCUAUCGAAAAUUCAAGUAAAAUUCCAACCAUCAAAGAUGUCCCUGUUCCGGAAGCCGAAAAAACCGAUCCAGCGUCGCGUUUUCACCAGCUACGACGAUGACGACGAAGGCGGAACCCCCGCGGCAACGGCAACCAACAAUGGCGGGACUUCCUCGACACAGGACAAUCGUAUGGAAGUAGAUCCGUCGCCACCGCCACCUCCACAGUUCGUGGGCGGUGAAGGUAGCAAACGGCCCUCUUCCAAGAAAGACAAAAAGGACAAGAAAACCAGCGAAGGAUCUUCAUCAGCAUCCGGCGCGUCGUCCAAGGCCACUUCUAAAAUGUCUUUGCUAAGUUUCGACGACGAAGAGGAAGGCGAAGUAUUCCAAGUGAAGAAAACAUCCCAGAGCAAAAAAGUCAUGAAGUCCCUGGAUAAAGAACGACGUCGCAAACGGCACGCCGAAAAGAAUGACGGUCCCAGUUUCGGUUUCGAUUCGUCGUCAAAGUCUGUCGUCAAAUCGUCCUCCGGAACUAACGGCGGAAACGGUGCAAAGGGCAGGAGCUCGGAAGAGCCGAUCAAAGAUAAACAUAAAAGGGAAAAGUGUGAAAACUCUAGUUCUAAUAUCCAAACAGAAAUACGCACAGACGACUUUGUGCUGGUGGUCAAGAAAUCCGAUCCGAGUAAGCAGCAGCACCAGCAACAGAUUCUAAAUGGCCGGGCAGCUCUCUGUGCCGGCAAGGACGACAUGUCCUCCGAGGAAGAAGAGGAAGACGAAAGUGCUGGCGAGGGGCACCACCAUCGGUUUGCCAAGCCGGACAAUUUCAAGAUGUAUCUGGAAAAUGGGGUCAUUCCGGAUGCGGCCAUGAUUCAUGCUGCUCGCAAGCGCCGGCAGAAGGCCCGGGAGAAAGGCGAUUUCAUUCCAUUGGAUGAGCCAAAGGAAGAUAAGAGCAAGAAACGCGUGGUCCGGGAGGAUGGAGCAGGUGAUGGUUCGGAUGAGGACGAUGACCGGAUUGAUAUGGCAGCUAUUACUGGUGCAAAAGAACGAGAAGAACGGCGUGAACAAUUCUAUUCUGUUCAAAGAGAAGAUUCUGCAGAAGAUUCCGACAUGGAAACAAAAGAAUGGGAAAACCAACAAAUACGGAAAGGUGUUACUGGUGCCCAGUUGGUAUCCGCCCACCAAGAAUCAGUCAUCUCGCAGUACAUGAUCCAAGGUUUCAGUCAGUCCUAUCAAACCGAAGAAGACAGCAUCCUUUCUACCGGCGCUCUACUGGAGCAAGCAUACGCAAAAACGUCCGGAUUGACGAAGGCCAAUACCAAGGCCGGCUCAGCUGCUCUCAUUUCGCGCGUAGCUACCGCUGGAAAAGAUCAGAAGGCGUCCGGCCCAAGAAUGCCUCAGGAAAUCCUUAAGCAGUUGAGCGAAAAACUUCAAAUCACGAAGGAACUGAACUACAAACAUAUCACUGACAUCGAAAAUAUCACCCAGGAGGUGAAAGUACUUAAGUUGGACCAUCUACAGAGUGAGCAGAAAGCACCGGUGGCUGCGGCCAAGUAUCGGUUCUACCAGGAAAUCAAGUGCUACGUCAACGAUUUGGUGGAGUGCUUAGACGAAAAGUUACCGCAGAUUGUGGCACUGGAACAGCGAGCGAUAACAACGAUGGCUAAGUUUUCCAGCAUGCUCAUCGAACGUCGACGGCAGGACGUGCGCGAUCAAGCCAAAGAAAUGGCCGAUGCAAACAAGGGUAUCAAACGACAGCAUGACGAUCCGGAUCGCGUUCGACGCGCCGCAGAACGAGAGGGUAGACGGACGCGUCGUCGAAGGGAUCGUGAGAAGAACGAAACGUCUGAUUCGCACUUGGAUGGAAUGUCCAGUGAUGAUGAGGUGGCCGACAUUGAGGUGUCCCAAUAUCAAGCAUCGCUGAAGGAGAUAGGUUUGGAAGCAAGACAAAUUUUCAUCGAUGCAGGAGAAGAAUUCUGCGAAGUGGAAGAGAUUCUAGACCGGUUUCAAAACUGGCGCACUGCAGAGAUGGAUUCGUACAAAGAUGCUUACGUUAGUCUUUGUAUACCGAAGGUUUUGGGUCCAUUGAUUCGUAUAAAGUACGUCGCAUGGAACCCGGUCAGUGGGGAAGAUACCAUCGAUUUCGAACGAGAAGCAUGGUAUAGAAGUUGCUGCCUGUACAGUCGACAGCCCGGCGAAACCGAAUCGAGUUUGGCCGAAGACCCAGAUGUUCGUUUGAUACCAACGCUGGUUGAGAAAAUCGUACUUCCAAAACUGACGGUCCUAAUCGAACAGGUCUGGGAUCCGUUGUCGACUACGCAGACCUUGAAACUGGUACGACUGAUCAACCGAUUGAGCCGGGAUUAUCCAUCGCUGAGACGAACCUGCAAACAAUUGCGGUUGCUUUUCCAGGCAAUUCUAGACAAACUCAAGCUGGCGAUCGAUAACGACGUCUUCAUUCCAGUCUUUCCAAAACAACUGCAGGAAGCAAAAUCGUCAUUUUUCCAACGGCAGUUCUGCAGUGGACUGAAGUUACUCCGGAAUAUAACUUGUUGGCAGGGUGUUAUCGCGGACGGACCCCUGACUGAACUGGCGAUUGGUUCGUUGCUGAAUCGCUACCUCCUGAAUGGGAUGCGUGUUUGCACGCCGACCGAUGCCAUUAACAAGGCGUCGAUGAUUGUCUACACAUUGCCGCGCGUUUGGCUGACGGCCGGAUCGGCCGUAAUGCAGAGCAUGACGCAAUUUAUUGCUAUGCUGCAGCACGUCGCCAGUCAGUUGGAUCCCGCUAUCGGGAAUCAUAUAGAAUUGCUUGAAAAACUGCAAAAGAUAUUAGCUAGUUUGCAUGUUGUUUCUUAAAAACCACUUAAGAAACGAUGCCCUAUUUGACCCUGGAUCUUUGGGAGCCCUUAUCUUACAAUUAGUCAUCCACUAGGUUAGGAAUUUAAUUUAUUGAAGUGUGUAAAUUUAAUUCACAGCUUUUUACACACAGAAAUACCUAAAGUUUUUGCAACUGUUAAGAUUAUGUUCUUAGAAUUUAUUGAUAAGGAACAAAAACACCUAGUGUUGAAAAGAAAGGGCAAUGGGAUAUUACGUAGCACUCUGCAAACUUGUGAUUGACGCCGAUAUGCGGAAGGAAUGUAUCUUAAUUAUGGACAAAAUCAGGUAAGUUGAUAUUUAACAUACUUCUCUUGGUAUAGAAAAUUAUGGCGUUUCAAACAUCUUCCCACUUACCGGAUGCAUCACAAGAAUUUGCCUAUUGAAGCGUAAUUACGUACUUUCAGAUUGCAAGUUUUCCAUCAAAUACAUUGUUUUUUUUCUGAACGACCGUUACAUAUGAUCAAUCUCAGAAUAAUUGAAAUGCAAUCCUAUAGUUUUAAAAAUCAGUGGUAGUAAAUUCAAUCAAAUAAAAAAUAGUAAUUAUAAGCCAAGUUCUAAAAUUUUCUAAAAUAAAAUAGUUGAGGCACUA